UUUGGCUGGAGAGGGAUGAUUUUCCCGGAGUUGAGAUGCUCAGGGAAACACAGAUAUGCAAAUAUUGUCUAGAAAUUAUUAAAGAAAGAGUUGAAGUGUUUGACAACUAUUAUCAGUUAUUGUAGAAUAUCUGUUUCUGUAAAAUAAAAAAAAAUCAAUUGUUUUUCAUUCUUUAAUGGAGCGCAAGAGGGAAGAUGUAACUAGUGGAGUGCGCUGUGGUCCAGGGGAGCUCUGCUGGCCCCACUCCUCCCACACGCAGCAAUGUGGUCAUGGUUGCAAUGAAGAAUUCUUUUUCAAGUCUCUACCCACUGGGCUUGCAAUUGGACCUUCAAUGGCACAGAAUGACCAAAUAGGCAUUUGGUGUGUGGGACAGCCUUUGCAAUAUGGAGGAUUUUUUGGACAAGUGAAUGAGCAGGAAAUGCAGGAACUGGUGAAAAAUGAAAAUAAGAUAGUCAUACAGGAGCCCAAAUCUGCACUCCAGGCAACAGGUUGGAUGAGAUUUGCCUGCCCAGCAAAAAAGGAAGAGGAUCACAAUGUGGAUAUGUACUGUUUCCGUGGAAAGUUUUACUUUAGAAUUUGCAAACCUGUUGAUCCUGGAGUGGAGCUCCUCCUCAGACCCAGGACGAACUCAAUGCCACAGCAAGAGGAAGAUGUUAACCUAAGUGAGAGAGACAACAUAGUACAUGGCCAACAAAGAGAAGAAGACACCACUGCAUGCGUGAACGCAGAUGAUAAAGAAGGCAAUGUGUUCAAAUUCACAAGUACCAAAGAAAGAAGGAAAAACAGCAUGUCAGAGGGGAAUGUUAGUCAGAGAGGUGAAGACCCAGAGAGACAGAGAAGAAAGUGUAGAGUAAGUGGUGUAGACAGAUCAGUGCUGUCUGAUGUGGGGCAGAGAGAAAAAGAAUGUGUAAUGACAGCAGAAACCACUGAAACAACAGAAAGUGGCAUGACUAGGGAAGACAGCAUUCAAGAAAAAGAAAACAAAAUAAUAGGACUAGGCAUGAGGUGUGAAGACAUGAACAUUGUUGGAAGGGGCGAAAAUGUCCAGAAAGGAGAGAGCAGCAUGGCAGAUGUGCAUAUUGGACAGGGAAUACAGGAAAAUGUGGAGCAGGAGUACUCUGGACAUAGAAGUGGAGAUAGCAUUCCAAUAGGAAACACCCAGCACGGAAAGGAUUACAGCACAGAAGAGAACAACAAUGGCCAAAAAAAACCAAAUACAAAUGUAGGGCUAGACAAUAAACAAACUAGCAAAGACAGAACUUUAGGGAAUGUUAUGGGGCAAGAAAUAGAGAAAUGUAUGACUGGGUCAGAUGAAUGGCAAAGUGGAUUAGACAGGAUUGAUGGAUUAAAGACCACAGAAACAGACAAAAUAAAUACUGUACAUCAAGAGGACAAAGAGGUGUGUGAAAAACACCAAGAAUGCACACUGGGUGAUCUAUGCCACAAAGCAGAGAAUCACAUAGAUCAUUUUAAGAAACAAGAUACAGUGGAGGAUGUCACUGCUGCAAUGAACCAGAACAGUUGCACUGAGAGUGUCCAGAGUUUUGAAGUGGCUAUAGAACAUGGAGGAUCUUUAUCUCAACAAACAACACAAACUUCAGUACAUUCCAUAGAAAAGUGUAAGCCUCCGGCCCGGAAAAGCAGAAAACUCUCAGGGGCUGAAAGAAAAGUAAAGGAAAGCAACUUGACACUGAGUAAAAACGAAACAACUGAACAGUCUGCAGAAAAGCAGACAUUUUUUAAGACAGAAGAACCUAAGAGUUCUAAAGUGCAGAAUAUCAGUGCCAUCACUGCAUCUCAGUCUGAUCCAGGUACUGUACUUUUGCAAAGUGAAAUUAAUGCCAAAGGACCAACAGUGUUACCUUCCAGAACAAGUUCUCGAUUGGCCGCUAAACCACGGAAGAUGCACUCAUUGGUCAGCAGAAUUCAGAAACGUCUUCAGGAGAGAAAGAUGAGAAUUCUGGCACAACAAGUAAGAGAGCAGGAAAAGGAGGAUUGUAGGAUGGAGGCUGCUUCGUCUGUUAUCAACCAAACAGAGCAACAGGAGCCAGCGGAAGAGCUAAACGAUGAAGUAGUUACACCUGGAAAAAUGGAGACAACAUCUUUGCCACAUUCUGAAAUAAAACAUUUGGUUAAGAGUGUGACAUCACUUUCUGAAGUUCGUGAAAGAAAGUACAAAUGUGAAGAGUGUGGCAAGUGUUUCCUGCAGCUGUGCCAUCUGAAGAAGCACAGGCUAACUCACCUGGAAUAUAAACCCUUCCUGUGUACAGAGUGUGGCAAGGCCUAUAGUUCCCAAGAAAGCUUCAGGGCUCAUCUACUCCUGCACAAAGGUGAAAGGCCUUUCAAAUGUCAGCAGUGUGACAAGGCCUAUGGCACAAAGCGGGAUCUAAAGGACCAUGAGAUCCUCCACACUGGUGAGCGACCAUUUAUCUGUGACCAGUGUGGCAAAGCUUUUGCACGUCGACCUUCUCUUCGUAUCCAUAUGCAGAUUCAUUUGAUGAAAGAAAUGAAUUUGGAGAACACCAAGCACUGCAGAUGUCCUGUCUGUGACAAAGAUCUUGCUAAUGGUGGAUCACUGAGGAAUCACAUGAGACUGCACACUGGGGAGAAGCCAUAUAAUUGCUCUUACUGUGGAAAGUCUUUCCGGCAGAAGGGCAACCUGCGUGGUCACCUCCGCAUUCAUACUGGAGAAAAGCCCUACAAGUGCAACCACUGUGAAGAGCUAUUCUCACAGCUGCCAGAACUGAGGAGGCAUCUUAUCUCUCAUACAGGAGAGGUGUACCUCUGCCCCAUAUGUGGGAAAGCCCUUAGGGACCCUCAUACACUCCGAGCACAUGAACGUCUCCAUUCAGGAGAUCGGCCAUAUAAAUGUGACCAGUGUGAUAAAUCUUAUAUCUUGGCCUCUAAGUUGCGUCGGCAUCAGAAGAGUCACUUGGAAGAUAAACCCUACAAAUGCUCAAUAUGUGGGUCAGGUUACAGCUCAAAACAAAGCUUGGUCCGCCACCAGCUGUCACACAAACGAAAAGAGGAGAAGCUGGCUGGGGAGUUGGCAGAAGCAUUGGCAGCACUGGAAUCUGAUGUUCCUCCAGUUGAUCAGAGCAAGAAAGGAGCACAAAAAGCAACAAAAAAGCACUCGGUAGAAAAAAAGGAUUGUGAAAGCAAUCUAGGGGAAGCAUCAGUACUCUAUGUGCAUGCUUUUGAGACAAUGGAGCUGAGCUCUGAUACAGCACAUGGAACAGUAAUGAUUAGGCAAGAAGUGCCUAAUGAAAACACUGUCCAAUUUGCCGAACCACAUGUGAUGCACAGAAUAGUGGAGUCAUCUCCUGAGUUAACCGAGUCAAUGGUGUCUGAAACUGGAAGCCACAUCCAGAUCAGUGAAGACUUUAUAGAAAUUAUCAUAUCUGACACAGACAGUAAAUGCAUUAUAGUGGAAGGGGAGAAGUCCCACAGUAAUGUUGUCAUCCUUCAAGAAGAGGAAGGUCUGGAUGCUGUGGCUGAAACAAUAGAAAUAGAAACAGGUACUUGAGGUGAAGCAAGCUAAUUAUAAAUUAGGAAUUAAAUGAUACAGCACAUAUUUGACUUACUUGGAGUCUUUUUUUAUUUUUUUGUUCCUCAAAUAAAUUUCACGAUCGGGUUUCAGUUGGUUGAGUAUGUACAUAUUUAGAUGUACCUGCCUUGAUUUACUGCUUCAAAUGCCAAAAUAAAUCAGAAUAAUACUUGUUUUAUGGGCUUUUUGAAGAAAGUAAGUAACGUGCAUUACACCCUCAAUAAAAAAUUAUGUGUUGUCAGAGG